CGUUCCGUCUAGCGCAGUCGGGCCCCGCUCCAGCCUCCGCGCGCAGGGGUCCUCUCAGCCGAGCCGCCCGGCCCGGGGGUCGUCGUCUCUCUCCCGGGCGCCCCCAGUGCGGGGAGAGCCCUGCCCAGGCGCCCGGGAGCUGGGCCCUCCGGUGCCGCCAUGGCCCCCAAGGACGUCAUGACCAACUGCCACGCCAAGUCCAUCCUGAACGCCAUGAACGCCCUGCGGAAGAGCAGCACGCUCUGCGACGUGACCCUGCGCGUGGAGCAGAAGGACUUCGCCGCGCACCGCAUUGUGCUGGCGGCCUGCAGCGACUACUUCUGCGCCAUGUUCACUAGCGAGCUUUCAGAAAAAGAUAAACCAUAUGUGGAUAUCCAAGGGUUGACAGCCUCUACUAUGGAAAUCCUGCUGGACUUUGUGUAUACAGAAACGGUUCAUGUGACAGUAGAAAAUGUCCAGGAAUUGCUCCCAGCAGCAUGUCUGCUUCAGCUGAAAGGUGUGAAGCAGGCUUGUUGUGAGUUCUUGGAAAGCCAGCUGGAUCCAUCAAACUGUUUGGGCAUCCGAGAUUUUGCUGAGACACACAACUGCGUUGAUCUAAUGCAGGCAGCAGAGGUCUUCAGCCAGAAACACUUCCCAGAGGUGGUUCAGCAUGAAGAGUUCAUCCUCUUAAAUCGGGAAGAGGUGGAAAAGCUCAUUAAAUGUGAUGAAAUUCAGGUGGAUUCUGAAGAACCUGUUUUUGAGGCAGUUAUAAAUUGGGUGAAACACUCAAAAAAGGAACGGGAGGACUCCUUGCCAGAGCUGCUGCAGUACGUGCGCAUGCCGCUUCUUACCCCACGCUACAUCACAGAUGUCAUAGACACCGAGCCUUUUAUACGGUGCAGUUUGCCAUGCAGAGAUCUUGUAGAUGAAGCUAAGAAAUUCCACUUAAGGCCUGAGCUCCGGAGUCAGAUGCAGGGACCCAGGACCAGAGCACGUCUAGGGGCUAACGAGGUUCUGCUAGUGAUUGGAGGCUUUGGUAGUCAGCAGUCACCUAUUGACGUGGUGGAAAAAUAUGACCCAAAGACCCAGGAGUGGAGUUUCUUGCCGAGCAUCACCCGUAAGAGGCGCUAUGUUGCCACGGUGUCCCUGCAUGAUCGGAUUUACGUGAUUGGGGGGUACGACGGCCGUUCCCGUCUCAGCUCUGUGGAGUGCUUGGAUUAUACGUCGGAUGAGGAUGGCAUCUGGUACUCAGUGGCUCCAAUGAAUGUUCGUCGAGGCCUGGCAGGGGCCACUACCCUAGGAGAUAUGAUCUACGUUUCUGGUGGUUUUGAUGGAAGCCGGCGUCACACCAGUAUGGAAAGAUAUGACCCAAAUAUUGAUCAGUGGAGUAUGCUGGGAGACAUGCAAACAGCUCGGGAAGGAGCAGGACUGGUUGUAGCUAAUGGUGUUAUCUACUGCCUUGGUGGCUAUGAUGGGCUGAACAUCCUGAACUCUGUAGAGAGGUAUGACCCUCACACUGGACACUGGACAAAUGUCACCCCAAUGGCCACCAAGCGCUCAGGAGCAGGAGUAGCGUUGUUGAACGAUCACAUUUACGUUGUUGGUGGGUUUGAUGGGACAGCGCAUCUCUCCUCUGUGGAAGCCUAUAACGUUCGCACUGAUUCCUGGACUACUGUGACGAGUAUGACAACGCCUCGUUGCUACGUGGGUGCCACCGUGCUGAGGGGACGGCUGUAUGCAAUAGCUGGGUAUGAUGGCAACUCACUGCUGAGCAGCAUUGAGUGCUAUGAUCCCAUCAUUGACAGCUGGGAAGUGGUGACCUCACUAGGGACACAGCGUUGUGAUGCCGGUGUUUGUGUCCUUCGGGAGAAGUGACUUUGGAGAAGCCCAGGUGAGAGAAGCUCCUUGAGAAGGACAUGCUGAAGGAGGAGAGUCUCACAUGGUUUGCAGGGACUGUUCCUGAUAGCUGGGGAUGCAGGGACUGCUUGAUACGUUGCGUGGACAAAGACAUCUCCCCAGCAGCCACUUGAAAUCAAGAGCUCUGUGUGAAGCUAGAAAAAGGUACUUGGGUGUGUCAGGAGAAGUUGCAUCCUCUGCCAACCCAACAGCUAACUUUAUCAACACAGCAGAUAUGCUUGGAGCUUUGGCUGGUCAGCCAGCCUAAUGAAUGUUUAGGAAGAUACGUACUUAUAGCUGAUCUGACAUGUUUGAGGGUGGAAUCCAAACUGUUCUUGAUAUGCCAGCUUCAGAUUCUCAUACAAACUAAAUGUUUAAAGCUAAGUGUUCCAUGUACCAAGUGCACUUCCAUGCAGAUGAUUGCCAGUAUGCGCUACACUGGAGCUACACCUGCAGAUUAUACAUGGACCUGGGUACAAAGGACAGAAUUCGCACACUAAUGCUUUCAACUACUGAGACCCAGAUGUGGUGGAGGAGAAGGGCUGGCACUCCAGAUAAUAGUGGAGGAGGGAGAAGUGGAGAUUGGGGUGUUGGCAACAUUGCAGUAUCCCAGUCUGCCUACUGGAAACAGACUGGAAGAGGUGAGGAGAAUAAUGUGUUUAACAUGGUCGAAUUUUCUUCAAGAAGACUGAUGGACUUGUCUUGGGAGUGAGAGCUUAUUCUGGCAGCAGAAACCUCACUCUGCUGCUCACCACAACCCUGUUAGUGUUUGUCAUCGUGCAGAACAGUGGAACCAGCAGAUCCCUUGGUGACUGAGACAUGGGAGGGUAGACAGGACUCAGGAUCAAUUUAGAACGCACAUGUACUACUGAAUAAGAACCAUUCCCUGCCUCAAGACACAAGGCAUCUAGAACUGGCACUUCAAACCCUUUUCAUGCCUUUACUCUCAGUUGUUUACUUCCUUGGCUCCUAACAUCUCAUCUUCUCAUGCCCAUAAUUCUGUAUACAAAACAUAUAGUCCAAGCUCCACAGCUGAAGCUGCAAAUAAUGCAGCUUCAUCCAUUAGCUUGCUAGACUGCCAUCCCCUUUAGCCCAUCUUACAUCUUUGGAUCAAGGAUCAGAAGCCUCAGUCACUCCUGCCAAGCCUCCCACAAUGUCUGGGUUUUGGGUAGUGCUGCUCUUUUCAUGUGCUGUUGAUUCUGUGCUUCAGGGAUGGGAUGGGACCAGGGACACUGUAGAAGGAGUUAAUGAUGCACUUUCAGCCAACACUCUGAAUUCUUCCAUUUGUUCCUAUCACAUGUUUUGUGUUUCAUUUGCUAUGUAUCUUCUUAGUGAAAGUAUCAAAAAUAAAAUAUCUGUAGGAGUU